UCCUAGGUACUACUAUUAGGUACUUUAGUCGUGUUGAAAAUAUUUAUCGUAUUGUGAAUAUACUGUGUAAUUAUAAACGUUUACUUGUUUUCAAAAUAGUUGCUGUGACAGCUAUUGACCUCCGAUUGUUUAACUAGUUUGGUUUCUAUAACUAGCUGGCAGUGAUAAAAUUAUAUGUCUACAGUGAUACGCAUGCAGGAUUUUGAAUACGGUGGUCAUUAUUAAAAUACCUAUUUUCUACAGAAUCAGACGCUUCUAUAUAUUAUAAUUGUCGUGUUAUAUCAGUUACCGCGAUGUGAUCGAAACCCAGCCGAUGACGACAACAUAUGCACACUACAUCUUCAUCGUAGUUAGUGCGAUGUUGUAAAUUGUGUUAUAUUUUGAUUAGUUGCCCUGCCGCAUACCAUUAGCAAAAUGGAAGACGACGGAGAUGAUAAAGAUGACUCCAAAAGGAGGACUAGGAACAUGAGUGAGAAGAAAAGGCGAGACCAGUUUAAUCUCCUAGUCAAUGAACUGAGCAGUAUGGUGUCUUCAAAUAAUCGGAAGAUGGACAAAUCUACAGUUUUAAAAUCAACUAUAUCAUUUCUGAAAAACCACAAUGAAAUAACAGUUAGAUCAAGAGUCCAUGACGUACAGGAAGACUGGAAACCAGCAUUUUUGUCAAAUGAAGAAUUUACAUAUUUAGUUUUGGAAGCACUGGAGGGCUUUGUGAUGGUCCUCUCUGCUAGCGGCCAUGUUUAUUAUGUAUCGGAGAGCAUAACAUCGUUACUGGGCCACAAUAUGAGUGAUGUGGUGAACAAAAGCAUCUUUGAUUUUGCUUUUGAGGAUGAUCACCCAAACUUGUACAAUAUACUUCAGGGUCCCGGUACAGCAGUAGACACAAUACGAAGAGGAAACCAAGAUAACGAGAUACGGUUCCAGUGUCACCUGAGACGCGGCACUUUGGACUUCAGAGACGAAAGCACGUACGAACUGGUAGAGUUCAGCGGACACUUUCGUACAAACACAGAGCCGCUAGAUAAUGAAGACUUUCCUUAUAGAGCCGAUCACGAAUCCAGAUUAUUCGUGUGCACGGGGCGCCUGCACACGCCGCAGCUGAUCCGCGACGUGUCGCUAGUGGACUCAAACCGCAACGAGUUCACCUCGCGCCACAGCUUCGAGUGGAAGUUCCUGUUCCUCGACCACCGCGCGCCGCCCAUCAUCGGCUACCUGCCCUUUGAGGUGCUCGGCACCUCCGGCUACGAUUAUUACCACUUUGACGAUCUAGAGAAGGUUGUCAACUGCCAUGAAGCUCUCAUGCAAAAAGGAGAACUAACGUCUUGCUACUACCGGUUCCUGACCAAAGGCCAACAAUGGAUUUGGUUGCAGUCACGGUUUUACAUUACCUACCAUCAAUGGAAUUCGAAACCAGAAUUCGUAGUCUGUACUCAUCGUGUUGUAAAUUACGCCGACGUAGCAAAAAGCGGGAAACAAGAAACAGUCGAAGCGGAGCCGGCGGUGCAGGAGGUGCUUCCCGAGGAGCCGAAGGAGAGCAAAGCGGAGAAGCCGCCCGAGGAGCCGGUCGCGGACAUGUCCCCCACGUACAUGUCCGAGCCGUGCGACUCCUUCACCGCCUCCUACUCGGCCGUGUCCCGGCCGGCGUCGGUGAAGUCGGCGUCAGGCAGCUCUACGGGCACGACGGCGACGACGGGCGCGCCGUCGGUGUACACGUCGUGGCCGCGCGCGUGCACGCGGUACGCCAGCUCCGAGUCGUCGCGCUACGCGUCCGCCGAGCCGAGCCGGUACGCGCCCGGCUGCGACACCGGCUCGCUCUCCGGCGACUCGCGCUCAUCGCAGCGUAAUACUACGCCCCGCACGCUUAAGAGCGAGCCGAUGCUGGUGCCGCAGCGCGCGAUCGGCGCGCAGUACCUGGAGCCGGCGCCGUACGUGGGCGCGGUGAGCGUGCCCGCGCCUAUGGUGUCCGUGGUGCCCGCGCUGCCCGGCAUGCUGCCGCUCUCGCUGCCCUCGCUGCCCGUCAUCGUCACGCCCGACCAGGCGCAGAUGCAGCUGCAGCAGAAGCACGAGGAGCUGCAGCAGAUGAUCGUGCGCCAGCAGGAGGAGCUGCGCCAGGUGAAGGAGCAGCUACUGCUGGCGCGCCUCGGCAUGCUGGAGCCCUUACCCGCGGUGUCGAAUCCAUACCUAAACAACGAGACCCAAAACCCGGCACGGCUGCCCGGCGAGCUGGUGUACGAGGGGUCGGACCGCGCGCUGGCCGUGGCGGGCUACCCGCCGCCCCCGCCCCCGCCACACCCGCACCCCCCGCAGUGACUCCCCACACCCACCAGCCGGUAACCUACUGUUGCCCCAGCUUGCCAGGUAAUGAACCAACUGAUCUUAUUGUUAUCAGUUCUCAUUAAUACUUAACAUACCUAUAGUGGUCCUAUAGCCUAUAGGGAUGGCUUCCUGAUUAUGUUAAGUCGAGUAUGUCGAUUAGUAUUAGCAUACUCUCGACGGAGAUGUUCUGCAUGUGUGCCAAUACCAAUGAAAAUGUAUGUGAUAUUUCGAUUUUCUUUUUACGACGCUUGUUUCAUAAUACUAUAGUAAAUAUAAUAAAAUUAUGAAGAGUUAUUUUUUUAUUGUAUAUUAUACCUAUAUAUUUUAGUUCUCAUAGUCAUAAAUCUCACCCUGCUCAUGUAUGUUCUAAUUUGGGUCCUUAUAUACGAGAUAACAUAAGAUUUUUUAAACAAAAAGAUUUAGUGCUAUUUCAAACAUGCCAUAGAACUGUUAUUAGGUAUAUUGCUAAUAUUUUUUAAUCAGCAGUAGUAUUAAUUUAGUAUUUUCGACGAAACAGUGGAGUUUUUAUUCUAUUUCGGUUAAGCGCCACGUCAAUGAGUUCGCUGUUUUUGAAGUAAAAAGUGACUUGUGUUGUUUAACUUAAGGGCUACCGCAAACGCGACUGAAUUAAGAUUUGUACAGUCGACGUUGAAGACAUGUUUACACUUUUGCAUCUUAAUCUUUUGUAAUAAAGCGAAAAAUUUUAACAUAUUUUUGACAUCGACUAUACGAGUAUGCCAUGGAAAUCUUUUAGACAAAAUUAUUAGGGACUGACAGAUCAGUCAGAAACGCAAAUAUAGUGAAACAGUCCAGUAGCUGCGGACAUGGAGUGUCCUAGACCGAGUUUAAUGAUUAGGGAGGUCGCACACAACGACUUUUUGCCACAAUCCUUUAGCGAAAAGGCCGCGAAACAGUCUCGAUCCUGUCGCUAGUCAUAUAGCCUCGAACACGUAAACACGAUUCUGCAUAGCAACUAUCGCGAUACAACAUCGCUACAGCCAAGAUAGUCGCGAUACUGUAGAGUCCCGAUGUAGAAUUCAUUUAGACGCGGCUUCCCCAUAUACCCGAUGUACAGUCAGCAGCAGAAGUUGCUAAGCGGGCGGGGUGUUCAAAAUUACCUUGACACGCUCUUAUUCUCUUAACAGUAAUAUCGCGUUAAGAUCAUUUUGAACACCUGGACCGCUUAGCAACUUCUGCUGCUGACUGUAGCGCAAAAUAGCUGCGCGUUUUAUUAUUAUUGUGGUGUUGUGGGCCUUUGAGUGUCGCAUCGACCGGCAUUGAUCUAUUGUGGCGGCCCUUUAAAGUUCAUUACUAAUGCCCGUUGCAUCCAGAAAGUUCCAGAUUCUUUGGGCCGUAAUGUUCUGUACCUCAUAGGGUUGCACUACGUGUCGCCCUAGGUAGGUACUUCUUUGCGCGUUUGCAUCGAUGUAGAAUUAAACAGCGCUACUGCAUCACAACAGUCGCGCGUUCACGAAACCCGUGUAUCGAUAGCUGCAAAAAGCCGCCGUGUCCGAUCUCCCUCACGGCUCGGCCACGAUAUUGAGUGACUUGCGACGGCGGCAGCGAUAACCAUAAGUUGGAGCGGGACACAGCGAUCGCACCUUUUGUUCCCACCUAGGGUUGUCGCCGCCGCCGUGGCCAGUCUCGGAAUGUCGUGGCGUGGUGGAUCUGAAUAGAGUAACGUUUGCGUUUGCCUAUAUGUGGUACGAAUAUGUGUUCGUGCUCUUGAAUAUUGCGGCUGUGCAUAUUUUGAUUAUGGAACUGUAUGAAAUUUAUUAUUGUUGAUUUUUUGUAAAUAUACCUACCCAUCCUGACUAUUUUAAAGAAAAUAUAUUAUGAAAGUGCAAGAAAUUUAUUUUUGUUGAUUUUUUGUAAAUAUACCUACCCAUCCUGACUAUUUUAAAGAAAAUAUAUUAUGAAAGUGAUGAAAUUUAUUUUUGUUGAUUUUUUGUAAAUAUACCUACCCAUCCUGACUAUUUUAAAGAAAAUAUAUUAUGAAAGUGUAUGAAAUUUAUUUUUGUUGAGUUUUUGUAAAUAUAUUACCGAUCCUGACUAUUUUAAAGAAAAUUAUUCAUUUACUUGAUGGGCUUAUUUUGUUGCAUUUGUUUGUAUAAUGGUAUAACAUUUUAUCAUAUUUCAUAAUAUGUACAUACAUAUAUGUUAGUUAUGAUGAAUAGAAAUAUAUUUUAUUGUAUAAGUACACAUGACGAUAUGAGUUAGUGUGUAGUAACGUAAACCAGGGUCAAUAGAAUUGCUAGAAAACAAUUGAGUACCUUCUAAGCAUUUGAUAAAAAAGGCUAUGCGAACAUUUAUAAUACGUAAUAAAUAUUUAUUUAAACUUUUAUCGUUCUUGUAUCGUUUUGAGCGUUCUGUACCGAAGGUAAAGAUUUAUAUUUUGGGUAACUUGUAUUUUGGAACACCAUAAAAGUAACCAAAACUUAGACUUUAAACAUAAAAUUCAUAGUUUUACUUUGUUCCUAUUGACCUUGUUUUGCGGUAUUUGAUUAUUUUAUUUUGUUAUAGUUUUUGAUGGGACUUGGAAAUAUUAAACAUAGUAAAAAAUAUCUGUAAAUAGUCAUAUAUGUAUAUUCGUGUUUCUGGUUUAGAUUAUGCGACAAUUAUGAAAGUAGCAUAAUAUGUAUAUUACAUGUUUGCGCUAAAAUGUAUCAUUACCCGCCGUCGACCAAAGUGUAAAUAUUUUACCUAGGGCGCUGAUCACAUUCAGAGAAAAAAAUAUUAUCUACAAAAAGUUAAACGUUGAAAUAGUAGCUUUUUUCAAGCAGAUAAGCAUUAUUAUGUAAAUUACUCGUAUUAGUUAAACAUAUUAUUUUUCCACGAAGUUACAUCUUGAUGUCUUUCCAUUCUGCAUGAAAUAAGGGUGUGCUAUGAAUGCUAUCAUCCAAAAUCAUCCAAGUCUUAUCGUAGGUCUGUAAAUAUAACUUUAAGUCCAAUAUGCGAUUUCUUACCAAAUAGAAGAUAAACAAAGACAGCUCACGGUCGGUGACGUACUCGUACAUUUAGGAAAUGAGAUUGUUGAGCCAUACUUAAUGUUCUUGCUCGUGAUGUGUCGUGUGAAGUAAAUCGAGCUUGACGUUAUAUUUGUAUGAUGAAAAGAGUUUUACACUCUAGUGCGCCAAAAUUAAGAACACUACACGGUGUAACAUGAGGAAACCGAAUAUUUUUAACAGCGUACUUCUGAUCAUAUUUAGAGACAAAAAUGUCCUAUAAACUUUUUUGAAAUUCGCCUAGUUUCAGAGAUAACUUAAUUUAUAUAAAAAAUAACAAGUUUUUAUUGUUACAUUUACAUAGUGUAAAAGGCUUUUUUGAUGGUGAUGUUGCUGCUAUGGGACGUAGUCUAAAUAUCCUUAUUGAUAGAUGUCAAAAAGUGACAAGUAACACUUUGCAAAAAGUAGGUUUUACAAAAAAUAAAAUGUAAAAAUCAAUUUUAAGUGACAAGUUUACCAAUAACAUUUAUUUUUUAUGUACAAAUACAUUCAAAUAAUUGUAAAAACAAAACAAAAAAUUUUUUUUUGCGAAAUUACCUAAGCUCUUAUUACAUUUUUACCUUCUUUUGACCUCAGAAAUGCGUGGUUAAAAUUAUUCGGUUUCCUCAUGUUACACCGUGUAUACUCACCACAAUACCAAUUGGCGACUGAGUUCAUAAUGCUAUGUCCUUUACCUGUUUUAACACCAACCGAGAGCGAAAGAGAUGGCAUUAUGACCUCAAUGGCCAUUGGUAUUGCGGAUACUUUAGCAACAUGUGGCUCGGCAGUUCCCCUCCUUGUAUCGGUUUUUAACUAAAAUAAGUUUGUGGUACUUUAAUGGUUACGAAUACCCAUCAAAGAUUGCAGUCAGCAGUUAAGCCGGGUAUGCACAAUAAUUACACGAUUAGAAUGAAUUAUUGGAUAGUUCAUGUCGUAAGCAUAGUAGUUAUAAUAUUUAUAUUAUAGUACAUGUAUGUACAUAUACAACAUCGACAAAGUGUAUGAAUCGGAGCACGUAUUUUUGAUACUCAAAAGUAAAAUUUCUGUAGCGAAAAGUCGACAUAGCCAAAAUUUUAUCAUACCAUUCAUACCUAUACAAUUAUACACUCAAUAUAUCGUCACUACUUUGAAAAAAUUUCGUAUCUCACACUGCUACUCAAAGUUGAAACGCAGUAACUCUGUAUGCAUCCCAAACAUAGUUGCCAUAUUUUUUUAUUGACAGCACAAGAUACUUUUUUUAAAGUAGUGAUGAUAUAAAUAUACAUAUAGAACAAACGUGUGCUAACUCGGGGCAGGAAUACUAUAGUGAUGUUUUUCCCAUCACGGAACAAUGGUGUUCCGGACCUUUGGGAGGCGUGCGCGGAGCCGAAGCCAACACGUAGAGGCCCUUUUGACACUUUAAUGAAAUGUAAGGGGUACACCGAGCGGAUGCUGCCCUUACCCGUGUCAUGGGACGCACGCAGAGGCAGCACCCGCCAGGGUGUAAGGGCUAUUGAGAGUUGAUGAAAUCUAAAAUGAACUAGGUUAUUGGGUGAAAGCGAUGGACUAGUACUGAGCUAUGGGGUAAAAAACCGGACGCCUGCCUAAUAAAACGGUAUGCAAUUUUAUUUCCGGCAGACGGUGACUCGCCCUCACAAGAUGGGCCCCCACAAAAAAGCGACAUCUAGGAUGGCUCAAGGGCAACACCGGUGUGAGCGGCUCAGGGGUGUCGAGAGGUGUGCGCCGCUUUCUACCCAGUGGCUGUUAACAGCCACUGUGCCAACUCGCGUCUUAUGCAUAUUUCACUUCCACCCCUGGAGCUUAUAGCUCUAACGACUCCACUCUGGCCGGCCGGCUAAGGCUAGUGAUGUUUAUUAUUAAAUUUAAUAUCUGGUCACGGCUCGAUGUUACACAUGAUAUCAUUGAUAUCGAAGCUCUGUAUAGUAAUAAUUUUAUUUAUAAAUAUAUAUCGACAUCCAUAGGUAUAUUUAUCUAUAUCAAAACCCUAGAACGUGCCAAGGGUUAGCAUACGUAUGUAUAUUAUAUUUAUAUGAAAAUAUAUACAACGCUGUCUGUCAUUGACUGACUUUGUGAAAUAUCACACAACGAUCAUUCUCAUAUACUCUGUUAUUUUUUUUAAUAAUUACUUAGUAGAAAAUUCGAAUCUAGAGUUAGAUCAAGACAAGUCUGUAACUAUUUUGAUAGCACAUGCAGUGCAGGUGCUAUUUUAAAUUUCUAUGUAGUUAUGACGUAUAAAUAACACUUGCACUGUGUGUGCUAUGAAAAUCGUUCCAGACUUAUCUUGGUCUAACUCCGCCUCUUUUCGAUAUCGACUAGUAAGUAUCAAAAAAUGAACUAUUUCAGGAUAUAUAUAGAUGGUCAAGCAAAUCUUGUCAGUAGAAAAAGGCGCGAAUUUCAAAUUUUCUAUGAACCGAUAUCCCUUCGCGCCUACAUUUUUCAAAUUUGCCGCCUUUGCUACUGACAAUAUCUGCUUGACCAACUAUAGCUUAUGUAUCAUGUAUCAAUUUGUGCAAUGUUAUUUUUAUUUAGCUAGCCGUGCCAUGAUUGUGAAUUGUAAUUAAAUUAACUGGUGCUUCAGCCAAAAGCUUAUAUUUAAGUUUAUAAAGCGUCUUUCAUUGGCGACACCAAUAUCGCUUAAAACUUAAGUAAACUUGAGUAAGUAUAAUAGUACAUUAUUGUCGAGGCUCGGAAGUAGCUACUUGCAGGCUGAGGAUUCGUUUUAAACGGACGACCUUGGGAGUCCGUUUAAUUGAAUCCGAAGCCAGCAAGUGGCCUUCCAGCCGAGUCAUAUAUAGUGCUUUUCUCAAAAAUGGUGCAAGAAAUAUAAAUAUCAUAGUAAUAUUUUACAAAAGCAACGUUCUUACGUAUAUAUUUUCACAGAGAAAAGCCCUUGCCGCCUUUUUAUUUUUUUUAUAAAAAAAUAGAAGUGUAUUUUUCUGCCGAAAAUAUGCCAACCUAUUUGAGACAACUAAAUAGUCGCGGUACUAAUAAUCUGUUUGGCUGUUUAAUGGGCCUGUGCCUUCAUUUGAUAUGGCCAUUUCAACUUUUUAAAAGUUUGGAACUCGACAAAUAAUGGAAUUUGUAUGCAACAUUGCAGUCCCAAAAUCGAGACUGCAAUGUUUUUAACUUUUUAAUUUUUGACUGACCAUAAACUCCGCGCUUCGCGACCUAUUUUUUAGACGGCAAAGUCGACUUUGCCGUCCAUUUUUGAGAAAAGAACUUUUAUUGAAGAAGCACCCUGAAUGCGACUGCAAUUGAUCUUCCACGGAAAAAUGUAAUUUGUAUUUUGGUAAAUAAAGAUAAAUAUUGAUGUUCUUAAUGUACUUACUAUCUGGGGUCCGUUUCAGGGCCGGUAUUAGUUCAAUAAUAUGUUGUGCAUCACUAGUCCGAUACCGGUCUUGAUACAGACGUAGUAUAAGGAAGGUUACAGGGUAAUCCCAAAAAUGAAGCAGGAAGUUUAACGAAGAGAGUGAUAUUGUAUGUAGUAUAAUUUUUAGAGUGUUCAAUGUUACGUAUGUAAAAGGUAAUUCUAGAAUGGUUAUUAAAGUAAAUUACCAUA